GAAUACUUAUGUAGUGUAGUUUUUCCCUCCUGCUCCGUCCGCAUCACAUAUCACCGCAGCAGUUUGCCUGAUCGCUUCAUUUUUUCCGUCCCGGAGAACUCCUCGGCGGGAAGUGCCAUCGUCGUUAAGUGCUCUGCUGCAACCUAUUCCACUCUGUGAUCGUCUUAAAUUGAGAUUCUUGUGGUGUAGUUCCACUGUUUGGAAGUGUUUUCUACUAAGGAUUUUAAUUAUGUCCCCUCCAAGAAAAUCUAGGAGUGCAAACAAACGAUAUGUAAAUGAAGUGUCUCCUUACAAACAUGGAGUUGGUUCAAAAAGACACACUCAACGGAAAAAGAAGUUGUCUCUGUUAGGCCCCCAGUGGACUAAAGAAGAGCUGACUCGUUUCUACGAUGCAUACCGGAAACAUGGUAAAGAUUGGAAAAAGGUAGCUGUGGCUGUGAGAAACCGAUCAGUUGACAUGGUGGAGGCUCUAUACUCUAUGAAUAUGGCUUACUUAUCUCUUCCAGAGGGGACUGCAUCGGUUGUUGGGCUGAUUGCAAUGAUGACUGAUCACUACUGCAACAUGGCUGGAAGUGACAGUGAACAAGAAAGCAAUGAGGGCGAAGGAACAUCUCAAAAACCUCAAAAACGUGCUCGUAGUAAAGUCCAGACUGCCACAUCUAAAGAGACCGAUUUGCAGUUCCCUGCACCAGCAUCAAAUUAUGGUUGUUUGUCAUUAUUGAAGAAGAAACGCUCAGGAGGGACACGACCUCCUGUUGUUGGAAAAAGGACACCACGAUUUCCUGUACCACAUUCUCACGAAAAUGUUAAUGAUAGAAAUUACUUUUGUUCGAGCAGGCAAGGCCUGAAAAGAAAGUUAGAUGCCAACGAUGAUGAUGAAGUUGCUCAUGAAAUAGCAAUAGCUUUAGCUGAAGCUUCAAAAAGAGGCGGAUCUCCCCAGGUGUCUGAGACACCUUGUCGAGCUGACAGUGCUUUAUCCACUCCUGCUCGAAAAGCUGAAAAGAGGCAAUAUAAUCUGGAAAUGGUCAAUUCCAAGCCUUUUAGCGGUGAAAUGGAUGAAGAUGAGGGUAGCAUGGAAGCCGACACAGGAGAACUACACAGGAAUAAGACUUCGGUGAGGGAAACUGGCAGAACAAUGCAGAAAAGGAGAAGGCUUUCUGGGAAAAAGUUAGAGAAUGAUGUCACUGGUGACAAUCAUUUUGAUGAAAUCAAGGAAGCAUGUAGUGGCACAGAAGAAGGUUAUAGGUUGGGUGUAGUAAGGGAAAAAUCUGACAUGGAUGUCUCUGAUGGAAGAGUGUCAUGGGAUUCAUCUCUUGGUGUCAGAAAGAGGAGCAAAAAAGUUCUUUUUCAGAGAGAUGAGAGCACGGCCUUUGAUGCUCUACAAACUUUGGCUGCUCUAUCUCUGAUGAUGCCUACAUCAGAAAAUGAAAAUGAGUUAGUGAUCCCCACCAAAGAUGAAAAUGAUCAUAUUGAUGAUGAAUCUAAAGUCUUGGGAGCUCUGCCUCCACACCCCCAAAAGGAGAAACAUGGAUCUUCCGGGGUUGAAGCUAACUGGAACCAACCCAUUUCAGCUCUCAAGAAUGCAUCUAGUGCAAUGUCAAAGCAUGGAAAUGCUUCCAUUGACACAAGCACCAUUCCUGAAACAAAACAGACACGAAAAACACAAAAGAUUUCAAUAUCUAAGGCACUUAAAGAUGAAGUUCAUCUUAGUAAUGAUCUCUCUGAACCUCAAGAGUUUGAGACAAAAGAUACACUAAAGAAGCUAUUCAGCAAGGUUAAAAAAACCUCGCAGAGUUCAUUACCUAAAUUGAUAAAAAAUCAAGAUCAUUCAUCAAGCCCAGAUCUAAAAGUAGAGAGAAGUGAUUCGGCUCAAUCAACUGCAGAAGUGCCUGUAUCCAACCAAAGUACAUUGCCUACUAAAGUUAGAAGUAGGCGUAAGAUGGGGCUUAAGAAACCAAAAAAAGAAAAAGAUCCAACUUUUCCUGACAGUGUGUUGGAUAAUCACUGCAGUCUACCCUUUCAUCCCGCCAAUGACAAUGUGCUCAGUGUUAAGAACAAGCUUUCUAAUUGCCUUUCCAACCAUUGUGCGAGGCGAUGGUGUACAUAUGAGUGGUUCUACAGUGCAAUUGAUUAUCCAUGGUUUGCUAAAAGGGAAUUUGUCGAAUACUUGUAUCAUGUUGGGUUAGGACACGUUCCCAGGCUUACUCGUGUUGAAUGGGAUGUGAUAAGAAGUUCUCUUGGUAAACCACGGAGGUUUUCUGAACAAUUUUUGAAGGAAGAAAAGGAGAAGCUUAAUCGAUACCGCGAGUUUGUUAGAACACAUUACACUGAACUACGUGAGGGUACUAGGGUAGGAUUACCUACUGAUCUUGCAAGGCCAUUAUCUGUUGGACAACGUGUCAUUGCCAUACACCCUAAAACAAGAGAAGUUCAUGAUGGAAGUGUACUGACUGUUGAUCAUUCUAGGUGUCGGGUUCAAUUUGAUUGGCCUGAGCUUGGAGUUGAAAAUGUCAAGGAUAUUGAUUGCAUGCCAAUAAAUCCCUAUGACAACAUGCCUGCACUUCUUAGCAGAGAAAGGCAUGCUCUAGAAAAGUUAUUUGAGAACUUCAAUGACUUCAAGGCUAAUGACCGAGCAAAUGACAAUGUGAAAUUGGCAACGGGUGAUAAUAUGGAGAAUGGAGAGUGCUUCUCUCCAUCAUUCUAUGCACAUAAUAGUCUAUUCAUGCAAAAAGAGGUGGUUGCAGAAAUCCUUGAUGGGCAUGUUAAAGUCGAGCAGAGCGACACUGUAGAGGACCCAUCAUAUUCUCAACCUGGUACAGUGUCACAAAACCAAUCAAAAGAAGCUGAUGUUCAAGCUCUAGCUAAGUUGACUCGUGCUCUUAACAAAAAGGAUGCUGUGAUUUGUGAGUUGAGGCGCAUGAAUGAUGAUGUUUUGGAAAACCAACAGAGUGGUGACUGCACUCUCAAAGAUUCAGACCAUUUCAGAAAGCAAUAUGCUGCCAUAAUCGUUCAGUUAAAUGAAGUAAAUGAGCAGGUUUCUUCGGCUUUAUGUUGUUUGAGACAAAGGAACACAUAUCAAGGGAAUGCUUCUCUUAGUUGGCCAAGGCCAUUUGCUAAUUUUGGUGAUUCUGGUGGUAUAUCUGACAGCUACACAAAUCAAGUUCAGGAACUUGGGUCUCAUAUCAGUGAGAUUAUAGAAAGUUCGAAAGUAAAAGCCAGAACUAUGGUAGAUGCUGCUAUGCAGGCAAUUUCAUCACUUAAUGGAGUGGAAUAUGGUGCGGGGGGUGUUGAGGAUGCUAUAGAUUAUCUAAACAGCCGGAUACCCACAGAUGGGUUGUGCUUGCCUACUGAACCCGGUUCUAAGUUGAAGAACACUUUGCAUGGAAACGAGAAAGAAUUCCCGUUAGAACUUAUUGCUCAAUGUGUUGCUACUCUUCUUAUGAUUCAGAAGUGUACGGAACGGCAAUUUCCUCCAGCAGAUGUGGCGAAGAUACUGGACUCUGCUGUCACAAGUUUGCAUCCCAGUGCUUCUCACAACCUUCCACUGUAUGCUGAGAUAGAGAAGUGCAUGGGAAUUGUUAGAAACCAAAUACUGGCACUAAUACCCACUUAGGCUCUGUUUGGAUUGAGUGUUAGGGUGAGGAGUAACUCAUAUUCCCCUCUUCAUACAUUUACUCUCCAUUUUGAACACCCCAAAUGGAGUGCAAGGGAGAGUAAUAUAUGCAUUUUCAAACAAGGUGCUGUUUUAGAAACCCGGAUCGUAGGCUUUGAGGGGUAUAAUGGUCCAGUUUUAGUGUUGGAUUGACAAUGCCAUCGAGUCGCCUUCAAUGGUUUUCACCUGGCUGACAUUACGACCCAACCAGUCGGCUUUUAAGAAGUCGGUGAGGCAAUGGUGUACAUUACCGUGAACACGCGAGGCAACCGUCUUAUAUUCAUGUGUUUGACUCACUAAGCCUGAGGCAGCCAUGUACAUCCCCUUGUAUUUAACCAUUUGUCUUUUAUUUAUUAACACAUGAUAAAGUUAAUAAGUGGUUUAUCAAAAGAAUAAUGCUAUGUGAUUGAUCAUAGAUUAUUCUCGUAUCUUAUACAGUAUUUCACAUAUGUAUAAUAAUGGUUUGUGUUUGUAGAGUGCAGUAAAAAACACUUCUUCCCGGG